CGGCGAGGAACGGCCAGGAAUCCUGCGAGCUCUCGGCCAGGACAACAGCAAAUAAAAGGCAAACGAGAAGCAGGGCGGACCUCUCGAAGCGGGCACCGGCAACCUUGUGCUUUUCGACAUUUCGCGUAUCUGCACGAAUCUUUGGGUCAUCGCUCUCCAGGUGAGGCAACGAGCAGCAAACGAGAGCCUUCUCUGCACUCAAUCGAGGAGUCAGCAAUCAUAUGUUGCUUUGUGUGUUGUGUUUGUCAGAUGAAGCGUGGCUUCCUGUCGCCGAAGGCGGAGCAGAGGGCUGCAGCUGCCGCAUCGACUGCCGAGGAAUCAGUCAGUCCUCAGCGAAAACGAAAGGUACAACGCACACUGACGUUCCUGAAAUGCCCGCAAAUGACUGACAAAUUGCUCGGUCUGUGUGUUCGCCCAGGCGAGGCCUCCUCCUCGUGUGUCUGCGGCCAUCAAACGGCAGUUUCCCCACCUCGAGCAUGCCUGCGGCCGGCCACUCCUUCUGCUGCAGGCUUCCCUCGGCCCCUCGCUGUUUCUCACUCCCACCCCCGCCAAGGCCCGGUGUCUGGUCAUCGACUUCGCCCACAGAAACACCCGCCGCAUGUGGGAAGCGGUCUCACUUGAGGUCGCAUAUCAGUGGGGGAUGGCUGCAGUGACUCUCGAGAAGCUGGUGGUCCGCUAUCCGAAGCCGGCGGUGUCGCGGCGGGAGCGCAGCAAUGCACCGAUGUGGUGCAUGGGCGUGUGGGUGGCGAUACUGGAGGGGCACGCCCACGGGCGGCAGCAAGCCAUCGCCGUCAAGAACAAGGCAGACAAGCGGCCCGGUGACACCAACGAUCUGAUAGAGAUCAGCACGGGCGUGCCGGUGCCUGCGGAGCUGAUGCAGCCAAUGCACACCAGUGGCGUACCAUUGGCUUCAGCGCUACCAGCACUUGGACACAACACGUCGCAGGCAAGUCGUCAAGUGACGGUGUGUACGUCAUGAUGGAAAUUGUGCGUGUGUGUUUCCUUCAGCCGUCGGGCGUGUGCUCCCGAACGGCGUCGGCAGCAGCUUCCAAUGGGUCGCUGCGGGUACUGGAGUUCGAGGCGGUGGACAUUGGAGGUCCACAGGAGUGGGAGAGAGGAGACGGUGAUGUGGCCCCAUCUUCGCAGCCCCUCCCUCCCAAGACUGAUGGCGCUGUCCCUCCUCGCAUCCUUCCCGUUCACCUGCCGGCCCUCACGGAAGAGGAAGAAGAAGAAGAAGAAGAAGAAGAUAAUAAUAAUAAUAAUGAUGAUGAUAGUGUUAACGGUGAUGACAACGGUGAUGCCAAUGCGGUGACCUCUUCACAGCCCCUCCCUCCCAAGACUGAUGGUGGUGUCCCUCCCCGCAUCCUUCCCGUCUACCUGCCGGCCCUCACGGAGGUCCGCAACAUGCCCGUCGAAGUCGCAAACGUGCGGAUGGAUCGCUCUUGGUACGACCAAUCAACAGCACAGAGAGGGAGAGAGCAGGAGGGAGAGGGAUGGGGCACUUGAUGGGAUACGUUGUGUAUGUGUAGGCACACACCUCAGAUCAAAGUCCUCACCUUCACCAAACUUCCCACAGUCAUCUUGUCUGCACGAGGAUGUCGGCGCUGAGUGGGUGCGGGGCUGCACGAGCCUGGAGGCGCUGGUGUGCGACGACUCCGGCAACGGC